AUGGAUCGGAAUCAGUUUAGGGUUAUUGUUGGUUCUUAUGAGCAUAAUAUUCUUUGUUUGUCGUUGGAUCUGUCGCUAGCGACACCGGUAUUCACGCCAAUUUUCCACUUUCAAGCUCAUUCAUUAAGUGUAAAAUGUUUGGAUAUUUCCAAGAGAUACUUGGUUUCAGGUUCUAAUGAUGAACAUAUCAGGAUUUAUGAUCUUCAAAAACGUAAAGAGUUGGGUACUUUGAUGGCUCACCAGGGGUCUAUCACCGAUUUGAAGUUUUCCACUAGCAGAGAGGUUACAGAAGGUGGGAAUGGUGAUGGGAAAACUGAUGCUGUUGUUGAAGGUUCUGGUAGUGGUAGCAAGUGGUUGUUAUCUGCUGGUGAUGAUAACAAGAUUAUUAUCUGGAGAGUUAAGGAUUGGGAAAAUUUUGGUGCUUUGAAAGGUCAUACCGCAAGAAUUAAUAGCAUUGAUAUCCAUCCUUCGAACAAAGUUGCAGUAAGUGUAGGUGAAGACCAUACCAUUCGUUUGUGGAACUUGAUGACUGUCAAGAAAGCUGCUAUCUUGAAGUUGAAGAAAUACUCUCAAAAUGGUCAGUUCGUUAGAUGGGCUGGUGAAAAUGGUGAAUUCUUCGUAGUCGCUUUAUUGAAUAAAAUAUUGGUAUACAAGACUGCCACUGGUAAGGUCGUCAACGAAAUUGACAUGGUAAGAAAGACUAUUAUGCAUAUGGAGAUCCAACGUGUCUCUGGAGAGGAAUAUUUGGCUGUCGGUUUGAGUGAUGGUAACGUCAACUUCUACAAGACUUCAAAUAUCACUAAGGAUGAGGAUAACAAUAACGAAUCAGAGUUUGCAUUGCUGGGGCAUUCCAACCGUGUCAAAGACUUUAAGUUCUACCGUAACGAACAUGGUUUGUACUUGGUCACCAUUGGUUCCGACGGUAAGAUCGUGGUUUGGGAUAUGGACAAGAAGGAACAGAUUGCCGUUUAUGAUAGUGGUGAAAGAUUGAAUUGUUUAGCUGUCUGUGAUGAAAGUGUUGAAAAAUAUGAAACUAUGAAGAAGAGAAAUUCUGAAGUGGAAGACGCAGAACAGAGUGAAUACGAAAGUGACACUGAAGAGCUAAAGAAAGUGAUGUUUGGUGAAAAGAAGAAAGCUAAAAAGAACAAGAAAACCAAGAAUAAAAAGCAAAAAGUUUCAGUUGAACUUGAAUAA